AUGUGCCCAUCGGGCUGGGCCCGGCCUCACUUGCAGGGGCCCUGCCGACAAUGCACGGAGACCGGCCUGGAGGCCACUCGGCGGCUGAUCCUCGCCAGCCUCGCAGAUGUGUUGAGCAAGGCCGUCAUCAACUUCGUGGUGGCCUCAAUGGCGGCCUCCGCUGCGGCGCGUGGCAGCAGCAAGCUGCACACGAUCAUGAUCCGCAUUGCGACCCAGUGGCUGGCUGCCUGUUCUGUCAUCGCGGUCUUUCAGCUUGACCAGAUCGCGGUACCAUUCCCUUGGCAAGCAGCGGGUGCAGAGUCGCAGGGCUCUACCAGCCUGGCGUGGCCAGUGGAGGUAACACUUGCGAUGGCGCAGCUUUUCGGAGUGUUAAGCCUCGCUCCCCCACUGGUCUCGGUGAAGAUGGGUGCGGAAUGCCUAGCUCAGGAGCUGUCCGACCACCCCUCGGCUGCUCGCAUCGCCUUGGGCUUGUACAACAUCGUCCUCCCUCUCCUGGUCGUCGUCGGUGCGGUGGUGGUCUGUUGGCUGGCUGUCAACAUCCUGGUGCCCUUGGCCUCGCGGCUCGGGUACUCCUUCAACGAGGCUGGGAAGAAGCGCCUCGCCCGCGGCAAACUGCUGGCCCGUCUCCGCGAGGCAGUGGAGGACACACUGGACCAAGCGGGCCUCUCAUCGCUGUCUUGGGCCGACAUCGAGAUGUCCGGUGCCUUGCAGAUACGUCCGGGCCUGGAAGAGGACGUCGCCCAGCCGGACACUUUCCUUCGACAGUCAGUGGUGGCCUCACGCAGCUUGAUGAUCCGGGCCUGUGCAGUCAGGGCUCAGGGGGACCUGGCGACGGACGAGGCUCUGUCCAAGGACUUCGGCCUGGCACCCUUGGACGAGGAAGCCCUGUCGCAGAUGGACCUGGGCCCCUACCUGCGGAGAGACUUUGCCCAGGAAGCCGCCAAUUUGACCGAGUUGCUGGACAAGGUCCUCGCCGCGUGCCUGCCCGGCCCGCCCCACGUGCAGGCACAGCUUUUGGCAGAAGCGCCCGUCCUUGACGUGCACCUUCCGAUAUUGCAGAUUCAGCCGCCAACGUCUGAAUUCGACCUAGACCCGGAGAUCGACGAGGCCAUGGACUCCCUGGAGUUUGGGCUCUUCUCUCAACAUCCGCGUUUUUGCGAGCUGGUCUAUCAGAGUGUGCCUGUAAUGUGGAUCGCAUUGGUCUCCCUGUGGCCGGGACUCCUGUCAAACUUCCUGGCAAUGCUUUGGUGCGUGCCCAUUUCAGAGGACGGCGAGGUAGUGAGCCGUCUAUUUCCGAACCCGGACGUCGAGUGCUGGACCGAUGCCCACUUUCCUUCCGCCGGGCUCGCCAUUGCCGGCCUCGUUGUUUGGUGCCUGGGACUCCCCCUGGCCCUGGCGGCUCUGCUCUUUCGCUUGGAUCGCCAGGCGCCUGACAGCACCCGGCGCUUCGGCUACUUCAUCCAGGGUUUGGAGCCCGACUACUGGUGGUGGGACAUUCUGGUGAAGCGGACCGACGUUGGCUUGAUGAUGCUCGUCACCUACACUUCCAUCGUGCAGGAGCCUGCGUCGAAGCUGUUGCUGUUUCCUCUCCUUUCGGGUGUGCAGGGGAUUUUGGCGGCCUGGGUCAAACCCUACGCCAACGACCAGGCACAAGUCCUGGACACGUUGGAGGUGAUCUUGACCGCCGUGCGCUUCUGCCUCUUCAGUCUGAUCGCGGCUUUGCUCGUUUUGCAUCCGUCGGUCGAGAACACAACCAGGUCUGCGUACUUCUUGCUCUUCGGCCUCUUCCUGACGUGUGCCUUCUUCUUCGUCCACAUGAUUGCGCAGCUUCUGCGAAGCGCAUCGGCGAGCAAAGCGUCGCAAACCAGCGCCGGGAUGAAGAAGCUUUUAGGUUCGGCAAAACGCCUCGUGCUGCGGACAGCUUUGCCUCUGUUCCAGGAAGACGAGUCUGAGAAGCUGCGGCUGACGUGGUCCUUCGCAUCGGAUGAGGUCGAGGCGAUGGCGCCGCAUGUGAACAAUGUCUCCGACACAAAUGCUGCUCGGAAGUGCAGUUCCAAAGCACGGGCGGCAGUGCGCCGGGCUUGGGCGAGCAUCUUGCGUAUGGGCCCUGCCUUCCAGCACGCCAUCCUCAUGAAGGCGCAAGAAGAGUUCACCACUUUGUGGCUGCAGCAGCUGGGUCAGACAGACUUCCGAGGCCUUGCCGUCUUGUGUGCCCUUGCGACGGCGCACAAGGAGCUGCCAGGUAUCCUUGCCAAACGCCGCAUCGGCGUCUUGUGGAUGCAGCAGGUGGAUGCUUUGAUCCCGGUCUCGCCCUGCCAUUGUGGCCCCGAGGAUCUGUCCCGGUGCAUCUGGCGCUUGGGCCAAAUGCCGGCGGAGGACGCGGUGCAGCUGAUCCGUCAUGUGAUGAACCUGUUCGCCCAACAUCGACCGGAAGAUUCGAACUCGGGUGUGGAGAUCUAA